GGAUUCGUCUGCGUUGACGGACCUCCCACUAGCAGAACUCUGUUAGAGUUAGACAGACGAGCGCGUUUUCCACACGUGGUCUUCUUACGAUCUGCAUCGAAAGCAUUGAAGGUCUUCUGCUGUAGUUCAACGAUAAAAUGAGUCAAGAAAUGUCUGGUUCACGUGGCAGAGGCCGAGGUGGUGGUGGUGGACGAGGAAGAGGUGGAGAUCGUGGAGGUUCUCGUGGUUUCCGAGGUGGUUCCCGAGGAGGAAGUUUCAGAGGGGGUGAUCGUGGAGGAGAUAGAGGUGGUCGUGGAAGCUGGGGUGGUGGAUCUGGCAGUCCCAGCCGUGGAGGACCAUUCAGAGGUGGUCGUGGAAGAGGUGACAGUGGCAGAGGAGGACCAUCUUUUGGCAAUCGUGGAAGAGGAUCUUCUGGUGCCCGUGGAAGAGGAGGUGCAACACUUCCCAACCGUGGAGAAUUUCAGCGCUUUGAAAUCAAAGCUGGCCUGCAACUGUACAUCACCUUCAACGAUAAUCCAAAUCUGGAAGACCUGGAAAAACUACCAGGAUUUCAUUCAAUCUCAACACCAUUCAGCGAAAAGGAAAUUUUGAGGAUAAUUUUGUUCAGAGAUUUGGAGUCACUUGAAGCAGCAAGGAAAAUCCUUGAUGCCCAUGAAAAUGUGAAAUCCACUGAUCAAAUGGGAAUGAAAUCAGCAAAGAAACAGAGCGAUUCCUUGGAGAGUAGACAAGUUUACCUUAGGUUUGCCAAACCUUAUGUUGAAGACGAUGUCAAAACACUUGAUCCUAAAAUUGAGGAGAUUAUUCCUCUGAAGGAAAACAGCUGCAAGGUACAAUUUGCAACUGUUGAAGAAUCAGAAGCGGCAUUUUUCAGAUUAAAGGACCAGAUUGGUCAAAAUUUCUUGAAACAUGUUGAUGUGCCAUAUGUAGUGCAAAGUGCCAAGUUAGCAGUAGCCAAUAUCCAACAAGAUCAGGUUGUGUUGAGAGAUGUUCCCAAAGAUGUCACAAUCAAACAUAUUGCUGAUAAGUUCCCUGACGCAAUUUCUUUCACCCUUUACGACAAGACUUUCCCCGCGUCCAAGUUUUGCCACGCCGCUCUUCGUUUUAAAAACAACGAACGACCUGCAGAAAUUUUAAAGAUGACAGAUUUGAAAAUUGCCGGAAAGAAAAUCUACGUCUUCCCUUGUAUUAUGGAACUCUUAUACGACUACCCCAAGUUGGGUGAACCCGAGCCUGUUGUUGUAGAAGAAGCAGGAAAUGGGUCCCAAGUCAAAGAAGAACCACCAAGCAAAAAAAGGAAAGUAGAUGAAGAAGCUAAUGGAGAUGAGGAAAGCGGGGACGAAGAAGAAGAAGAAGAUGAGGAGGAGGAUGAAGACGAAGAAGACGAGGAUGAUGAAGCUGCCGAUGAUGAUUCUGACGAAAGCGACUAAUGUGUAUUCAGACAUUAUUCUGACAAGUUUUUUAAAUCUUUAGAAAUGAAGGGUUUAACCGUCUUUUUUUCAAAUGACGAUGUUCUGUGUAAUCAAAUAUUUCAUGUCGUGUUUUUUCCCAUUGGGAGAUACACCUAACACGAUUGCGAGACGCUUAAUCGAUGGAUGCAA